GUUGAUUUUAAUUGCUGUACAUAUUUUACCUUUUAACAUAGUUUUAAGUUUUUGUAAAUAUUUCUCUUAAUUCAAUUUUGAGCACUAAUGGUUUGGUAAAUUUCGAUUUCUGUAAAUAUUAUUUUCCACUUACUUUUGUAAGAACAAGAUACCAAGUUUGUUUUAGACACAUUUUAUCAGAAAGCACACCUAAAAUAUCAUCAUAAACAUGUACCAAAAUCACCUCCUAUAAUAACCUCAUUAACCACAUAAAUCUCACUAAUAAGCAAAAAAAUAUUUCCAGGACAGAAAUGACGACGCCAUUCCACAGACCAGGUCUAUACGCUCCACCGUCUCCUCCGAAACCCUACAGCAGAUUCUCCUGGCAUCCACAGCAGCACCGCUUCGUCCUGCUACCAGUAGAACACCAAGCCCAGUACACAAUCCUCCAACCCCAAGAGAAGAGAACAGAAGAACCUCUUCUGGCCAUCCAUGAGGAUCAGAUCAAGCCUUUAGUGGAACCAAGCCCUGAAGCUGCACCAUACCUUCCACCUCAUUAUGACGUCAAAGUCUCCAGCCGUUCUGAUGGCUACCUUAUUGAUGAUAUCAGUGAAGAAAGUCUUCAAUACUUGUCCGAUGAUGUAAGGGAGAUGAUAAAGAUGGCCAAGGAUCCUCAUGAUGAUAAAGUGGUGGAUGUGUGGGAUGGAGUAAGGCAGGGGAACCACCCUGUGACUACGAAGGCCAAGCUGUCGGCUUCAAAUUUGAGAUUGUUGCUGCUGUAUGAUCUGCUGAGCAGGGACGCUAAGAGGCAGAGGCUGUCAGAUUAUAGUGGUUUCUCCCCAGACGUGAUGAAGGCUCUCGUGGCGUCAUCUAGCGGCGGCGUGCGUGAACAGCUCAAGAUGGCGCUUUCCAAGAUGGUGGAGCGCCACGACUGUGGGCAUGAGUACGCCAACAACAGGGCCAGGGAAAUGGUAGAGGAACUGGGAAAAGAUGAAUCAGGAAUGUCCACUGAUCUGCGGUAUUUGCAACCUUUAGUGUAUAGCUAUUAGGUUUGAAAUGGGAUGUGAUGGUCUUUCAUUGUUGGAUUAGUGAAGACAAUGUUGGCUAAAUAUAGAAAGCAGAAUUUAAAAAAAAAACAAUUUACAUUGACGUGACGAUUUAAAUUGACACGAACUAAGCCGAUCGCUCGAGGCCUCGAGCCGAUCAUGCCUCUCUCUCUUCUGUAUUGCGCUCUCGCUUGCGGAACGCGACAAUUAGCGUAACGGGACAAUGACGUCAUCUUUUCACAUAGUAUCGAGUUAUAAGACGUUGUCACGUUAAAGCAAUACUUAAUUUUUGGUAACUCAAAAUUGAAACAAAUAAUUAAGAAGACAAUAAGUAACAUCCUUGUUUUAGAAGACGGC